AUGUCAGAGCUUCCGGUUGAAGUUACCGCCGACAUACUAUCAAGAUUACCGGUGAAACCGCUUCUGCGUUUCCGGUGCGUGUCGAAACCAUGGUGUGCGCUCAUCGACAGCCACGGGUUCAUGAAAUCGCAUCUCAAUCGAUCGAUCAAAACCAACACCAAUCGCAGCAUCAUCUUUAGAGUUGAAGAGCUCUACUCCAUAGACUUGGAUUCUCUCGAUCAUUUUGUAGAGCUUGAGAAUCCAAUGAAGAAUGAGGAAGGAACUGAAGUGGUGGUUUCUUUCCAUGGGUUGGUUGUUUUGUGCAACCCUUACUACGAAGACGUCACCCUAUGGAACCCUUCCACUCGAAAACACCUCAAGUUACCGGUCUCGCAAGUUGAGUUCCCGCGUGGGUGCAGCAUGAUCGACUUUAUUGUUUUCGGGUUAGGGUAUGAUUCUGUCAAUGAUGACUACAAAUUGGUGAGCAUGGUACAGUUUGAGGGCAAAGAUGACGAUUCAUUCCAUUCUGAAGUUAAAGUUUACAGUCUUAAAUUGAAUACAUGGCGAAGGGUUCAAGAUUUCCCUUAUUACCUUGAACAAAAGUUUUUGCCUGGUAUGACCAUUAAUGGAGCUCUGCACUGGGUUAUGACUCGAAAACCAAAGUCCGAUAAGGCCAUUUUGAUUGCUGCAUUUGAUCUUGCACUUGAGGAAUACCGGUUAGUGCCACAACCUGAUUUUUUGGAUAAGAAUUUUCAAUUCAAUAUUGAUACUUUAGGAGGAUGUCUGUGUGUUAAUUGUAAUUAUGCUGGAGUCCGAGUUGAUAUAUGGGUGAUGAAGGAAUAUGGAGUAAAGGAGUCUUGGACUAAGUUGUUUUCUGUUGCUCAACCAAGUAUGAUUAGGUCAUUUUCUUAUGUGAGGCCGUUGGCCUAUUCAAAGAGCGGUCAGGAAGUACUUUUGGAACGGGACAGUGCAAGGCUUUUCUGGUAUGACUUUAGAAGGAAAAUAAUAAGAAAUAUUCAGAUUCGUGGUUUAGAGCGUUUAGUAGAAGCUAAUCUUUGUGUUGAAAGCCUUGUUCCGCUUCAUGGUGAUGGUGGAAAGGAUGGUAAGAAGCAGCAAGCACAAAAGAAGAUGACGAAGCAAAACAAUAGAAAGAAGAGAGUAGUGUUGUGUUUAGUUAGAUACGUUGCAACUGCUGAGGCCAGUAUUAAGUUCUCACCUUCUAACUGUUUAACAAUGGGAAAAGCUAUGAUGAGGACACACUCACGGUUUCAAGCUGGUGCUUUAAGCAACUGGAAGAGCAAAGAAGCAAGAAGAAUUGGUGGAGGAACUAAUGGAGUAGAAGCUAGAGCUUCUUCCAAUGCCUUGGUGGCUGCCAUCGAGGUAGUGGCAAUGGAAUAG